GGCCUUCAACAGGGCGCAAGGAGGUUAAGGAGGGUGCAGUAUAGCAGCAAGCGGUAGCAUUGAUCGCAGCGGCAGCGCUGCGCCACCCAUUCGUACGCAUUCGAGACAUGCACCCAUGAACGCAGCAGAGCAGCCUCCACGGCGCCUGCAGCUAGUUGGCGAGGGCGACUUCACGCUCGCCCUAUCCUUGGCGACACAACUGAAACACGUAGCAAUAACUGCCACCGGUUUCGACGCCCAUGCAGACUUGAUAAAAAAAUACCGCGACGCUCCAGCGACGCUGCGGCGCCUUCAGGCCGCCGGCGCAAUCGCAAAACACGGCGUCGACGCGUGCGCGUUACAAGGGUCGUUUGACGAGGUGCACUUUGGCCACCCGCACCUCGGCGUCGAGAACGCGGCCGCGCACCACCGAUUACUCGCGCACUACUUCCACAGCGCUAAACAAGUCGCGCCCGUCGUGCGCGUCACGCUCGCGAGCGACCAGGCCCAGCGCUGGCGCUGCGACGCCGCUGCAGCGCGGGCGGGCCUCGCGCUCAAGGACGUGGCGCCGUUCCACGACGACGCCUUCCCGGGCUACACGCGGCGGCGGUCUUUGAGUGGAGGCAGCUUCCGCGCGCGGACGGCGGAGGCGUCGGAGACGCGGACCUACGCGGCACGAGACGUCGAGGUCGCGCCGGUCGCGUGGGCGGCGCUCCCGCGGCGCUCGGAACAAGUGAACUGCCCGACGUGCGGCAAGCCCUGCCGCGACGCGCGGGGCCUCGCGAUGCACCUCCGCGACGCGACCUGCGCCUACGCGCCGCCGCCUCGGCCGCCGUCGCCGCCGCCGCUGCCGGCCGACGACCCGGCGGGUUGUGAGAUUUGCGGGGCGUCGCUCCCGUUCGUUGCCGCGCGGAAAGUCGAGGGGCCUUCGCGUCGAUGGCGUUCGUUCAGGCCCAGGCUGACGACACACCACGCAGGCACCCGCCCCUACAACCGGUCGCGCCGGCGGGCCUCGCCUGCGCCGUCUGCGCGCGGACGUUCAAGGACGACCGCGCCUUGCGCCAGCACGCGGCGACGUGUUCGCGCAAGCAACGGCGCAUCAAGAUCCACUACGUCCACGGUUUGGAGGCGGGGCCGAAUGCCUUCAAGGCCCGAUGUCUCGCCAAGGUCGGCGACGUCACAUCUCCGGCCAUGGCCACGUCGCUCUGGAACCCGUUCUGCGAAAACGCGUUCCUCGGGCGCUUCCUGGCGCACCUGUCGUGGGGCGCCGCGGCGCGGGACGUGCUGGACCGAUGUGUUUCGAUCCAAAAAGACGCGCUGGCCGAGCCGGACGUCGUCGUCGCGUCGUCGUGGGGCGCCGCCGUCGCUUUGAAAUUGUUGGCCGAUCGCGCCUGGACGGGGCCGACCGUGCUGUUGUGUCCCGGCCACCGGCGGCUCCUCUCCUCUCAAGACGCCGACGCGCUCGUGACCGCGUUCCGGGCGCUGCCGAAGAAGACUUUGAGACGCGUCGUGCUGGUCCACGGCACGGCCGACGCCACGGUGCCGAUCGCGGACUCGCGCGAGCUCGCCGCAGAUAGGGCGCGGUUGGUCGAAGUCCCCGGCGGCUCGCACGGCCUCGGCGCCGCGGCGGCGGACGGGCUCAUUUCGUCUGUGGUGGUUGAUGUGCUGGCGAAGAAGUAUGGGGCUGAGCGAGUGGGGGAGGUUUUUUUGCUCGAUAGUUAAGUUGUUUAAG